AUGGAACAAAUAAUUUAUGAUAAAUUAAAUCUAACAACUGAUUUACCUAACAAAGAUCAUAAGACAUAUUUAAAUACAAUUAUAAAAGAUUAUUGUAUGAAAAGAGUAUGGACAGAUUCACCAAUAAUAAAAGAUAUAUUACAUUUACUUACUUCACCUAAUCAAAUUCUUAAUAAUGAACUGAAUUCUAUUAUUAAUCAAGAUUUAAUUGAAUCAUUUAAUGAAUUAGCUACUUAUUAUGCUCAAAUGGCAAUUAAAGAUCUUGAUUUAAAUCAACAACAUCAUCCAUUAUUAAAUGCAUGUCAUUCUCUAGCUUCAACUUUACAUUCAGAACAAGUAACAUGGCAUUCAACACAUCUUCGUCUUAUUCAAUUAAUUGAACGUUUUCCUCGUUUAGAACCAUUUUUAAUCAUAUUAAAUAAAUAUGGUUUACAUUUAAAAGAUAUUCUUAAUGGAGAAAAAAAUGGAUUAGAUAUAUUUUUUGGUGAUGAUGAAAUUGAACAAACUUUUCAUUCGAUUUGUCAAUAUUUACAAUUACAAUAUGAACAACAACAAAAUAAAGAUAAUUCAUUUGAGAAUUAUCGGCUACGUAUAUUUUGGUUAACUGAUCGUGGUUUAUUAAUUGAUUUAUAUUAUGCAGAUUCUGAUCCAAUACAACUUGAAAAUGCUCAACAAACAUUUAAUACACAUAUAACUAAUCAAAUAAUUGAUUUAUAUGAUACAUUAAAUCAAAAUGAAAGUACAUUAAUUAUUAUUCAAAAAACAACAUCGAAUGAAAUAUUACAAAGACUUGAUGAACGAAUAAAUCAAACAUGGUUAAUAUUUACUGAAGAUGAUCAAAAUAAUGAAAUGUCUAUUAUAUUUGUAUGGCAACUUGAUCAAAUAUCAUUGAAUGAAAAUAAUGAUGAUUUAGCAUUUAAUCAAAAUGAAGAACUUAUAUGUGGACCAUUAUCACUUAUUAUUCAAACAAUUCAAAAAUCAUCACCACAUCUUCAUCCAUUUAUAUAUUUUCUUACAGAUCAUGCUCAAUUUAAUAAUGAUUCCAAUCUUAAUAUAAUUCCAUCACCAUUUAUUGGUCUUGCACAAAGUUUCAUAACUGAAUAUGAAUGA